AAACAUUGACACGUAAAUAAAAGUGAAAUGCAACUCGUCGCCGACGUCGAAGACAACGAUUUCGUUUUACUUUCCAUUUUGGUGCUGCUUUUAAGGUUCUUUUGCUUGUAGGUGGAUUUUAGAAGUUGGCACGAGGGAAGUUUCGACGAAAUGGGACGUUCGGUGAUUUGCGAGGCCUAUUUGGAGGAGUAUCUGAAGAGUCUCGCUAAACGACAGGGCACCAGUGUGGGUCUGCUGAUUGGUCAGCCUUCGAGUCAUGGAAAAGAUUACGUUGUUCAUCUGAAUAAGAUCAAGGAUGACUGCGGUGCGGAUCAGGGGAAGAAUGGUUUGCUGGACGUCGAUAGCAAACAGGUUUCCCAGCAUGCGCUAAUUGAAACCAGGGUUCUGCCGGGUGGGUUCUACGUGCUGGGGAUCUACGUAAUCAAUCCGAAAAGCGUCUUUGAAGAUCCGGUUCUUGUUGGGAAGGUAAAGACCAUCCUGGUGGACAUUCGGCAUACAUUCGCUUCCAACGGCUUGCUUCACGGUAAUUGUGAUGAGCUGGACGGUGGAGAUAAGCUGGUCUUCUUCUACUCAUCAAGCAGCAACGUGUUUGGCUGCAAAUCGAUAUCACCCAAGUCGGACGGACUGAAACCAUGUGACUGGAAGUUCCAGGACCGUGCCACAAGCUGGCACGUGAUGAGCACAUUCUACGAGACGGACGACGUGUUUGCACUGCGGAAAAAGGGUUCCGAACAGUACGAAACGGAGGACAACUUGACGGAAUGCGUUGAAGUGGUGAAGAAACAGCUUGAGCAGAGUGUGGUGUUCUUCGACGGAGAACCGGCCGAUGGGAAGGAGUUGGUGGAGAGUGUUUUGAAGGCGAAGAAGGAUGAUCCGUUUGUGGUUCACAUUUACGCUCCAUCGUCCUCCACGACUGACAUCACCACGUGCAAGCUGGAAACCUUCACCGGAACCAUGAAAUUCGACGGCAUCAUCAGCUCCAAGUGCUUCGUCCACCCAAAAACAACCUUCACCGAAGCGGAAUCUUUCAUCAAAGCCGACAUCGUCCGUUCCCUGAUGUCUCGCAUCCAAAUUCACUGCGACUCACUAGUUCAAGCGGAAGACUCCAUCCCGGACACGAUCAUGCUGAACGAGCUGCCGCGUCGAAUCUACUUCCCGAUCCGGGCCAAAUCGAACCAGAUCCUCUUCAGUGAGUAUCUGUUCCGGGAGGAGGGUAAAGCAACGGCCAUUCCGCAGAUCCAGGAAACGCUAGAUCUCAGCUUCACCCCGAAGGAACUGAACGCGGCGGUGGAGAUUGUGGCCGAAGUUAAGGAGGAGGAACGGCACGAUGCGAAGGAGUGCGGCUCGGCGGAUGGAGCCGGAGGGAAGAAACGGAAGGAAGUUGAACGGCUCAGUACGGUCCUGCUGGGAGCGGUGGGAGCGAUCGCGGUGCUGAUUGUUGCCAUUGUGGUGUUUUUGCUUACGAAGUAGUUUGACGGGGGAGGGGCGAGAGUUGUCGCGUUGAAUGUUUCCUUUACAAUUUUUCGUAGCAUGGAUUACGUCAAUAAAUGUUCAUAUACACUAUUUUAAAAA